AUGGGGCCGAGCACUCACAACUGGGGACUGAGACAAAAUAGCCUUGCUCAUUCUUUGUGUUAGGGAGGGGCCCCGUUCUGGGGAGGAGGCAAAAGAAAUAAAAGACUGGCUUCCUGCCUUUGAUCUGAUUUCUCCAGGGUCACCUGUUCCCCAGAGGUGAUGAUGACGACAUGAUGAGAAAACUCUUGAGACACCGAGAAGAAACCCAGUCCCCAAACAGAAACCAGGAGCUCAUUUCUAUUCUUUCUCAGUCUGACUGGUAUUGGCUCCAGGUUUGGGGUCCAGCCUUUGGUUGUCUCCCCUAAAGCACAGAAUCUACAUCUUCCUUCCCUUGGGAAUGGCAAGGAGGGGGAGUGGCUUAUUCUCUGAAGGACGGGCCGUGGAGGUGCUGGGAAUAAGCAGGCUCUCCCUCUCAGCUGGCAGGACUGGUUUUCCCAGCACGGCUGGGUCCUGCACGUUGCUGCCAAGGUAUCUCAUGGAGCCUAGAGCAUGUGGUUCCCCAGAGCCUGAUGCUGUUGCAGUCAGCCUGUAUUCCAAGCCAGUGCCUGCAUCAGGAACAGCUCUAUCAACAAGGAAGAAAAAUGUCCAUGUGCUCGUGGGAGUCACUGGGAGUGUGGCUGCCUUAAAGCUGCCUCUUCUGGUUGCUGACCUUUUAGAGAUUCCAGGGUUGGAAGUGGCAGUGGUGACCACGGAGAGAGCAAAACAUUUCUACAACUCUUGUGAUGUUCCUGUCACGGUCUAUAGUGACACUGAUGAAUGGGAGAUGUGGAAGUUCCGCUCUGACCCUGUCCUGCACAUUGAACUUCGGAGAUGGGCAGACCUCAUGGUAGUCGCCCCCCUUGAUGCUAACACGCUGGGAAAGGUGGCCAGUGGCAUCUGUGACAACUUGUUGACCUGCGUCAUCCGAGCCUGGGAUCGGGCAAAGCCUCUUCUCUUCUGCCCGGCCAUGAACACUGCCAUGUGGGAGCAUCCCAUCACGGCCCAGCACGUGGAACAGCUGAAGGGCUUCGGCUACACCGAAGUCCCCUGUGUGGCUAAGAAACUCGCAUGUGGAGAUGAAGGUCUGGGGGCCAUGGCUGAAGUCUGGACGAUUGUGGGGAAAGUGAAAGAGGUCCUUUUGGAACUGGACUUGCUGCACCAGAGUUGAUCCAAGAAACGGCUUACGCACCAGGCUGUGCUUGGCCAGUUUUCCAGGAGAAGCAGCAGUAACACUGACAAAGACUCGGCUGGAGUGGUCUGGUCCUCGGGCCAGUCUGGAGCAUUGUGCCCUUCCCAGGAGCAGAUUGGCCCCAGGACACAGGAACUGGGAUCCGGGACCAUUGGGCUUUCUCUUGGGGCUCCUGUGGGGGUGCAGAUGGCAGUCCUCUCCAGCCGCCUCACCCCCGUGCUGCCUCCGUGGGGGCCAAUCAGGUUCUCUGAUAGUGAUUUGGACUGUUUUCCUGAAAUGUGGGGAAGCAGGUGUUCAUCAUAGUGUUUCAUAUGCAUUGGAGGGUUGGGAAAUUGCGAUAAAGAAUUAUGUGCAUCAUGUAGGAACUGGUUUUAGACUCAUUCUUGUCUAGAGAUCCACAGACCAGCUGAAUCCCUUGCUAUUUGGUUGGUGUCUUGGUUCACAGCCUAAGGGCCCAGACCCUGUUUGAGAUCAGGAAACUCGGUGUUUCUAUUCUCGUCUUUUUCCUCUCUUGUAAGUUCCUUGAAGUUAGAAAUUAUGCCUUGUACCUCCUGAUAGCCCCAUGGUGCCCAGCACAGUGUCUCGACAUAAUAGGCAUUCAGUAAAUGUUUGUUGAAUUAUUUAA